CCAUCUUCAAAUGACCACAGCCAUGGCCGUAGCUUCGGCUUCCCCUAUCUCUGCAACAAAGUUCUUCCCUUCAUCAUAUGCACGCACUAAACCGGUCUGCUGCUCUCUAUCUUCUUCUGUUUCAUACCUCCAAACCCCAAAACUUUAUUUCUCUGCAGGGUGUCCUCAAUUGGGUCUCACUCUUUGUUCUCAAUGGAUUGGUUCAAAGCAUCUGGGCAUCUCAUCCACGCUAAAAGCUCUUAAAUUUGGGAGGAAGAGAAGGUGUAAAAGUAGGGUGGUUUAUGCAUCUUUGUUUGGGGUUGGAGCUCCUGAGGCUCUGGUUAUUGGGGUGGUUGCUCUGUUGGUUUUUGGCCCCAAGGGUCUGGCUGAGGUUGCUCGGAAUCUUGGGAAGGCUUUGCGAGCAUUUCAACCCACAAUUAGAGAACUUCAGGAUGUUUCAAGGGAAUUUAAGAGCACUCUUGAACGGGAGAUUGGUCUAGAUGAAAUUUCAAGUUCAACACAAACCACAUACAGAACUAACUCUACCUCAGCCCCUUCAUCAUCUCCAACCACCAGCAACUCUGGAACGGUGGCUGACCCAACUGAUGCUUCAUCCCCAAAUAGAGCUUAUACCACUGAAGAGUACUUAAAGAUCACAGAAGAGCAACUAAAAGCAUCGGCUUUCCAACAGCAGGAGCAAACACCUUCUCCUGAAGUAAGCCAGUUAAAACCUGAAACUCAACCUAAAGCCACUGUCAAAGAAACUGCUGCAGCAGCAUCUCAGAAGCCUGAAAUUGAGACCAAAAAUCCUACGCUAUGAAGUCCAUGACAAGCCAUCUAAUGUAUCGAAGGCCUGAGAGCAGGGUAUGAGAGAUAAAGAAGUGCAGAAUUCUUCCUAUUUCCUUCCAAAUUUUAGCGUCCAAAUUGAAUAGAGUUUUAACAAAUCUGUUAUGACCAGGUUACAAUGUGGGUAAUCUUUGAAUUCAUUGUAGAAUUUGAUGCUCUUUUUCUAUGGGAAAAUGCCCGGUUUUGGGAAGUAAUGCUAAUAAUCUUUUGCUAUUCUC